GACCGAAUUUGUUUUGACAGCAUCUUUUAGAUUAGUAUUAAAUGUCAUAAAUAGUUAAUUUGCUUCAGCUUUUGUUCGAAUUUUACGAUUACGUGUGAAAAUUAUGAUGGAAGCCGGUGAAAAUGAUUCAGCAGAUGCUGUUGUUGUUCAGCAAACUUCGGAUCAACCCGAGUCUAUGGAAAUUGACACUGAAACGAGCAAUAAUGAAAGUUUGCUACCCUCGCCCGUGGUAGCACAACCACACCAGCCUCCAAUAACUGAAGAAAAAGCAACAACUGCACCAGCGGAAACUCAAAAUGCUCAGAUAGUACCCGAGUCUAGAGAAAGAGUGCCAUUAUUGGCUAAUCCGCCAUCAUUGAUAAGGCCAGCAGGUCCCGUGCCCAAUUUUCAAAGGGCAAUAACUCCUGGCGGCGUUCAAUCAUCUGGCUUACCGUCAGGAAAUAUGGUUGCGCCGCCUCCUCUAUUAGUCACUCCUACUGCUCAACCACAAGAGCUUUGGGUUGAAACGAAAACAGCAGAAGGAAAAUCAUAUUAUUACCAUGCAAUUACACGAGAAACAACCUGGACGCGUCCGGACGGUACAAAUGUAAAGGUAAUGACUCAAGUUGAAGUUGAGGCGAUGAAUAAACAGACAGCGCCAGUUCAACAUAAGCCACAGUUGGAACUUAAACAGGAUCAUAUUCCGGGAAUGGUUACAGCUCCGGUUGCAACUCAGGUUGCAGUAGUUACGACCGCACCAACAAUGGUUCCAUCUGUGUCUCGUUUCUCAGGUCCUCCGCCUGCCCUAAUGGGUGGUAUUCCACCGUUCGGAAUGCCACCACCAUCGUUCCCAAACUUUCCACCAUGGAACCCGGCUGCUGCUAGUGGUGGCGGACAGUGGCCACCGAUUACAUCGACCCUAAUGGAUCCUUCCAAAGCCAUUGCAGAAAUUAAAUUUAGCGAAAUUGAUCCUGUUACUGCCGCCAAAGCUCUCGAAUGGACUGAACACAAGGCUCCCGAUGGGAGGCCGUAUUAUUACAAUGCAUCCAAGGGUGAGAGUGUAUGGGAGAAGCCGCAAGCCAUUAAGGAUAUGGAAAUGGCCAAGCUAGCUGUUUUUAAUUUGCGACAGAAACCUAAAACGAUUCCACCAUUCAUUGCUCCGCCAAUACCGCCGCAAAUGCCAAUCAUUCCUCCGCUUGCGGCAGCAGCUCAAUUGCCACCAAACCUUAGUGGGGGAGUAAAAAUACAACAAUUUCCACCUCAACUUGCGCCCGCGGGUACUCCGGUGCGAUUGCAGCAAAUACCCGGUGCUCCUGGGAUGGUUUUCGAUCAAAUCAACUACAUUGCGCACGCUAAGAACGAUAAACAAGAGGAAGAAAAGAAGAAAAAGGCUGAAGCUGAUAAAAAGAAAAAAGAGGAAGAAGAAAAAAUCAAAGCAGCCAAACCGCUAGACAAAAGUCGACCUAUUUCAAGUACUCCGAUAAGUGGAACUCCUUGGUGUGUCGUGUGGACUGGAGACGGUCGUGUCUUCUUUUACAACCCCUCCACUAGAACUUCCGUGUGGGAGCGUCCAGACGACCUGAAAGAACGUGCCGAUGUCGACAAAGCCAUUUCUGUUCCUCCCCAACAGCUGCUUGGUAACAUUGCUAGGGAACUCGAACCUGCUCAGACUUUAAAGCCGUCGAUCAAUACCGACACGGUCGAAAAACGUUCCGAUUCGGAGUCGAGCGCUGAAGAGUGUGAAGAAAUUCCUAGCAAAAAAUUCAAAAACGACGUUGAAGCAGCAAUUAAAACCUCCCAGUCGGCGGCAGCUGCCAGUUCUAAAACCGGUAACGAUCCGGAAAAGGAAGUACUGGCAAUGGAAGCCGAAGCACGUGCUUCCAGAGAACGAGCACUGGUUCCGCUAGAUGUGAGAAUGAAAUCAUUCAAGGAAAUGCUCAAAGAAAAGGAAGUUUCUGCAUUUAGCACUUGGGAAAAGGAAUUGCAUAAGAUUGUGUUUGAUCCUAGAUAUCUGCUACUGACUUCCAAGGAACGAAAACAGGUGUUCGAGAAGUAUGUGAAGGAUCGAGCCGAAGAAGAGCGCAAAGAGAAGAAAAACAAAAUGAAACAAAAGCGAGAAGAGUAUCGUUCACUGCUGGAAAAUGUUCACUUACACGGAAAAUCAUCGUUCAGCGAGUUUGCUCAACGGUACGGCAAGGAUGACCGUUUCAAAGUAAUUGAAAAAAUUCGCGAACGAGAGAGUCUUUUCAACGAAUUUAUCGUUGAAGUGCGCAAACGGGAAAAAGAGGACAAGCAAAACCGAAAGGAACAGAUCCGUAGAGAUUUUCUAUCGAUGCUUCGCGAGCAUAGCGAAAUCACGCGUCACACACGAUUCCAUGACGUGCGCAAACGAAUUGAAUCGGAAAGUCGCUACAGGGCCAUUCCCGAUCCCUCGUUGCGUGAGGAUCUAUUCGAGGAAUACAUCAAGAUCUUGAAGGACGAGAAGAAGCGAUCCAAAGACAAGGAACGAAAGCGCCGCGAAAAACGGCCCGGCGAUCGACGGGGUUCGUCUCGGGAUCGCAGCGAGUCCAGGGAACGAGACAUGCCGACAGAAGAUGGAGAGCAUCCACAAACAUCGGACGACGAAGCCGAGAGACAACAGAAGGAGCGCGAGAGGAGACUCCGCGCCGAGGCAAGUAUUAAAGAACGUGAGAAAGAAGUCCAGCGUACGCUGGCCACCCAUCUUAGGGAUCGAGAUAAGGAACGCCAGCAUCAUCAGCGUGACGAGGCGAUUCGUCAUUUCAACGCAUUGCUGGCGGAUCUGGUGAGGAACGCCGAUCUUACCUGGAAGGAGGUAAAAAAGCAACUGAAGAAAGAUCAUCGGUGGGAGCUGGUGGAACUACUGGACAGGGAUGACCGCGAACGGCUGUUCAGCGACCAUAUCAACAAUUUGGCCAAGAAGAAACGUGACAAGUUCCGCGAAAUGUUGGACGAAAUUGCUUCAUUGGAACUGACCAGUCAAUGGAAGGAGGUGAAGAAAAGCAUUCGGGAAGAUCCCCGUUACCUUAAGUAUAACAGCAGUGAACGGUGUGAGCGUGAAUUCCGCGAAUACAUCAAGGACAAGACAAUGAAUGCGAAACUAUCGUUUCGAGAACUGUUACAUGAAUGCAAAUUUAUCACUCAUAAAAGCUGGGAUUUGUAUCGCGAAAAUUUGAAUCAUAUGCGCGAGAUUGAGGACAUUCUGCGCAAUGAUAAGCGCUACUUGGUGUUGAACCACAUGCAAGCGGAACGAUCACAAAUGAUAUUGAGUUAUCUAGAGGAUUUGAAUAAACGGGGACCUCCUCCGCCACCGACGGCCAGUGAAUCUUCUCGAAGGAAAUAAACGAAACUAGCAAGUAAGUUUUUCACGUAUCUAAUGAUUAAUGCAUAUUUUACGACAGGGCCCGUUAUCGGACGGUUUGAGCGCGACCUAGUUAGUAACAGUUUUCAUGUGACUCAAUAAUACCGUAUUUGACUUUAAUUGAAAAUAGUAGCCCAAUUUUACAGUGGUCAGCUUUGAGUUGGUGGUAAAGGUUGACGGUGAAAUUUGAAUAAACUGCUGGUGUAAUUUGAAA